UGAAGUCAGCAGUUUCUUCCCCACUCCCACUCGAGAGAAAAAAACAAAGAUAAAGAAAAAAACGAGUAGGAGUUUCUAAGUUUAUCCAUGGAGAAAUCAACGGAGAAAAGCGUGAGCUCUGUUGCUUCUGGGAACUCAAUCAAUUCGAAGCUGAGGUAUCCUCUAAGAUCGGCUCUCAGAUCGAGAGAAGGGAAGCCUCCUGUUCCAGAUUUUUCAGCUUCUUCAGCACCCAGAAGGGGACGAGUUGCAUCUGCUGUUAGUCAGAGUACUACAGCUCUUGAUUUCUCAGCAGCUAAGAAGAGUGUUGAUCGCACCAAGCCACCCAGAAGACUGUCGAUUCCAACCAAGACCUCGAGCAAUUCUUCUGUUAAAUCAGCCAGUACCAUCACUUCUGUUUCAGAAAGCAAGGCAAAGAGAUCAGCCAAUGCGAGGAGCUUCAAUGAAACACCUGUCUCUAGUGUGCUGAGAUCAGUGACACGUAAAAAAGUUGAAGAUUUGUCUUCCUCGACCUAUUGGCUGUCUCAUAUCAAGCUAGCUGAAUCAGUGGCUAAACAUUCCAUCUCUCUCGGUUUCUUUAAACUUGCUCUUCAUUCAGGGUGUGAGCCGCUUGACCAGAUGAAAGAAGAGUUGAAAUCAUACGCUCGCCGCAAUAACUUGGAUGGGCUUGAAGAUGCUAUGAAGGAACUCUCUGAACUGUACCAUUUCUCAGAAGAAUCCAAGCAGAUGCAGAUCUCAGAGACCAGUUCUGUACUGGCCGAAGAAACAACUGUUUCUCUGAACUUUGAUAAGGAUGUCCAGAGUUCACUCUCCACCCCUGGAAAUUCGAACAUCACAUCAGAGAUCAUGAAAGAGGAUGAUUUGCAAGAUUUAGCUGUCACAGAAACAGCCAAGGAGGAAGAGGCCUCAGAAACCAUCCCACAAGGAAGAACUAGAAAGUCUUUGGAUGUAAUCAAUGUGAAUCAAGAGGAUGUUUCAGAGGUUGUUCAAGAAACAGAAGAUGGAGUUCCAAUGGUAACUGCUGUUCAACCUUCAGACAAAAAACGUGCAAACAGGAAGGAGACUGCUUCUAAGAACAACAUGCCCGCGAGGACAAAGAAACCAGUAGCAACAUACUCUGGUAAUUCAAGAACAGUUCCAGAAAACAAGUCUCAGAAGAAGGAUGAAAGGAUCACGAAACCGAGGACUAAGAAAAUCCAAGAAGAGACAAAGAAGUCAACCAAGAAACCUGCUGCCAAAGAAGGUGAAGUUAAAACUCUGAAGCAAAUGAAGAAAAUGGAGAACAAGGAAAACUCUGUUGUUGGCGCAGGAGAAGAAAUCCAAGCUUAACUGAAGAAACAGAGAAUCGUUUCUUGCUUCACAUCUCAAUCAACUCUUUUUCUUUUGGUUUGGAUGAUUUGUUCAAGGCACAUAGUUGAAAAGCUUUUGCAAGUUUGUUUAAAAAGUUUGGUUUGAAAGACACAAAUAUUAUAUUUAUUUGCUUGUGUAAUUGUGUUAUUAUUUAUUUUCAA